AUGGCAGCAAGACUGAACAGGGAACUUGCUAGAUAUGAGCUUGAAAGCUAUGCGGCUACAGAAACAUCGGAGGCACGGACUGGCACAAGACAGGUGAAUGCAGUUGAAAAAAUGUCACUGCUUCCAGAAAAGAGCUUUGAUGAUCUUGUAAUUGAUGUUGUGAAUGAACUGCACAGGAGAAAAGACAUGCCGCAUCUACCGCUUCAAAGUGCGAUGCAAAAGAAGUUGUAUAAGAUCAAGGAUGAGGGUUUUAGGAGUCUUGUUAUGGAUGUGUUAGCUGUAUUAUCACAGAAAUCAGUUGAAGAAGGCAGUCUGUCAGGUGAUGUUAAUGGACUAAUCGAUAAUAUUGAUAAAAUGAUAAUAUCUAUUAAAAAAGACAUGGAAAGCGAAGAGAGAUCGGUAGAGGAGAUAUGCUCUGAAGAUGACAUCAUUAAGAAAACAUACAUGUUUAUAUCACAUGUUAGAUGCAUUCUAAGCAAGAAUGGAGAAGAUACGUUUCUUGCAGAACACAUGAUGGAUCAGUUUAAGAUGUUUUCUGAUGACAGAUGUGCUGAUGGAUUGAAGAUGCUGUUAGACAUAGAUGUUUUUUUGAAAAAGUGCAAUGAUCUUGGGUACGAAAGGAAUGAAGAAUAUAAGUACCAUAGAGACAAUAUAGAACGGUUACUGCAUUCAAACUUAAAUUCAGGCAUGAAAAAAAAGAUGAUUGCAGAUGAGGCAGCAAAAAUAUAUUCAAUUGUUGCGAUGGAGAACACCCGAUUAAAAGAAGUUACAGAACGACACAUGAGAUCGAAGAUUAACGAAGUGGUUGAAGUUCUAUGCAGCAUUAGGAAAGAUGUACAGGAGGAAAAGGAUAUUGAUGUGAGUGCAUAUGCAGCAUGCAUGGUAAGAAUAUCAAAAGAGUUUAUGGCAUUGGCAGUAGAAAGCGAUUUUAUGGAUCAGGCAAAUGAGUUUGAGCAGCUAAACCAGAGUUUAGAAACGCUUGAAAACAUGUCUAAGGGUGAGUGCUAUGAUGAAGAACCAUUGCUUGUGAUGCUUUCGAUUGCCAAGCUUGUGAAGGUUAUUUUGGCACAAAGAUGCACAAACCAGAUGUCUGUGUAA